UGAGGGCUGGCUGCUUGCAGAGGACUGUGGAAGACAGAUCAGGAUCCUAUCGUUUGUAUGAAGCCACAGUGAACACUGAGCACCAGCACAUCCAUCAGACUCAUCCGGUGAACACUGUGGGCACCAGCACAUCCAUCAGACUCAUCCGGUGGGCACCAGCAAAUCCAUCAGACUCUUCCUUGGACUGCAGCGGAAAGAUGGAAUAGGAUGCUCAUCUAAGCAAGGCCCCUUCUCUCCUCAUUGAACUGCUGUUAGUCCCAGGGAAGUCAGUCAUCUCCUCUGCAGGCAAACUGAGAGACACACUGUCCCCCCAGGCUCCACCCCUGAGGUUUUCCGAGAUGGAAGCCCCCCUGGUGUGCCUGGAUGAGGAGUUUGAAGACAUAAGGUCUUACUCUGAAGACCGAGAAGAGAAAAGCAGAAGUAUCUACAUGACAUCCACCCACCACCUAGAAGAUGCUUCAUUGUCUGAGCUGGAAAACUUUAGCUCUGAGAUCAUCAGCUUCAAGUCCAUGGAAGAUCUUGUCAAUGAGUUUGAUGAAAAGCUUAAUGUCUGCUUUAGGAACUACAAUACCAAAACAGAAAACCUCGCCCCUGUGAAGAAUCACUUGCAGAUCCAAGAGGAGGAAGAGAGACUACGGGAUGAAGAGGUCUGGGACGCACUCACGGACAAUUAUAUCCCUUUAACAGGCGACAACUGGAGAGAUCAGAGCCUCGAAUCACUGAAUGGGAACAUGUCGGACUCAGAGUUCCAUGAGAAGGAGGAAGAGGAGCUAAAUGAAAAGAGUGAGAAUGACUCCGGCAUUAAUGAGGAGCCCUUGCUCACCGCAGAUCAGGUUAUUGAAGAAAUUGAAGAAAUGAUGCAGAAUACACCAGACCCAGAGGAGGAGGACUUGGAUGAUGAGUGCAAUGAUGCUGGAGAUGUUUCUUCCCAUUCUGACUCAGUUCUGCUUGAAGAGAUGCAGGCCUUGAGUCAGUCCUUCAACAAUAACUGGUCCAAUGAAGCAGGUCUGCAGCACAUGAGCUGUUCCGAGCUGUCGGAGCUGCUGGAGCGGGUCGAGCGAGCCAUAUGCGAUUAUUCAGAGGAGCUGAUACAACAGCUGGCGCGGAGGGACGAGCUGGAGUUUGAGAAGGAGGUGAAGAAUUCAUUUAUCACAGUACUGAUCGAGGUCCAGAACAAACAGAAAGAGCACAGAGAGCUGUCUAAAAAGAGACGGAAGGAGAAAGGUCUCAGCUUGCAGAGCAUGAGGAUAGAAAAAAGCAGUCAGAUGCCAAUGAAGCGAUUCAGCGUUGAAGGAAUCUCUAAUAUUCUGCAAACCGGGAUCAGACAGACAUUUGGGACAUCCGGGAAUGAGAAACAGUAUCUGAAUACAGUGAUUCCGUAUGAAAAGAAGGGAAGUCCACCCUCCGUGGAAGACCUUCAGAUGCUGACAAACAUUCUUUUUGCCAUGAAAGAAGACAGUGAAAAGGUGCCAAUGUUGUUAACUGAUUACAUCUUAAAAGUGCUAUGUCCCACUUAACACCCACUGUGGAAAACCGACUCACAGAAAGAUGAAGAUUGUUUUCGCCCUCCCAGCACUGCAUGACGAGCAAUUCCAGACUGUAUAUUUCAUAAGCAUUAAAUCCAAUUCCAACCCGGCAUCCUCCUUGUCCCAAUGCUUCCUCACCUGUGUAUCCUCCUUGUCCCAAUGCUUCCUCACCUGUGAAUCCUCCUUGUCCCAAUGCUUCCUCACUUGUGUAUACUCCUUGUCCCAAUGCUUUCUCACCUGUGUAUCCUCCUUGUCCCAAUGCUUCCUCACCUGUGUAUCCUCCUUGUCCCGAUGCUUCCUCACCUGUGUAUCAUCCUUGUCCCAAUGCUUCCUCACCUGUGUAUACUCCUUGUACCAAUGCUUUCUCACCUGUGUAUCAUCCUUGUCCCUAUGCUUCCUUACCUGUGUAUCCUCCUUGUCCCAAUGCUUCCUCAACUGUGUAUCCUCCUUGUCCCAGUGCUUCCUUACCCAUGUAUCCUCCUUGUCCUGAUGCUUUCUCACCUGUGUAUCCUCCUUGUCCUGAUGUUUUCUCAUCUGUGUAUCCUCCUUGUCCUGAUGCUUUCUCACCUGUGUAUCCUCCUUGUCCUGAUGCUUCCUCACCUGUGUAUCCUCCUUGUCAUGAUGGCUCCUCAGCUGUGUAUCCUGCUUGUCCUAAUGCUUCCUCACCUGUGUAUUCUGCUUGUCCUAAUGCUUCCUCACCUGUGUAUACUCCUUGUCCCGAUGGUUCCUCACCUGUGAAUUCUCCUUGUCCUUAUGCUUCCUCACAUGUGAAUCCUCCAUGUCCUGAUGCUUCCUCACCUGUGUAUCCUUGUCCUGAUGCUUCUUCACCCGUUUAUCCUCCUUGUCCCGAUGCUUCCUCACCUGUGUAUCCUCCUUGUCCCGAUGCUUCUUCCCCUAUGUAUCCUCCUUGCCCCAAUGCUUUCUCACCUGUGUAUCCUUCUUGUCUGGAUGCUUCCUCACCUGUGUAUCCUCCUUGUCCCGAUGCUUCCUCACUUAUAUAUCCUCCUUGUCCUGAUGUUUCCUAACCUGUCAAUAUUCCUUGUCCUGAUGCUUCCUCACCUGUGUAUCCUCCUUGUCCCGAUGCUUCCUCACCUGUGAAUCUUACUUGUCCCAAUGGUUCCACACCUGUGUAUCCUCCUUGUCCAGAUGCUUCCUCACCUGUGUUUACUCCAUGUCAGGAAUGCUUCCUCACCUGUGUAUCCUUGUCCUGAUGCUUCCUCACCUGUGUAUCCUCCUUGUCCCGAUGCUUCCUCGCCUGUGUAUCCUCCUUAUUUCGAUGAUUUCUCACCUGUGUAUCCUCCUUGUCCUAAUGCUUCCUCACCUGUGUAUCCUUCUUUUUCUGAUGGGUCCUCACCUGUGUAUCCUCCUUAUCUCGAUCCUUCCUCACUUGUGUAUCCUCCUUGUACUGAUGGUUCCUCACCCGUUAAUCCUCCUUGUCCUGAUGGCUCCUCACCUGUGUAUCCUCCUUGUCCUGAUGGCUCCUCAGCUGUGUAUCUUGCUUGUCCUAAUGCUUCCUCACCUGUGUAUCCUUGUCCCUAAGGUUCCUCACCUGUGAAUUCUCCUUGUCCCGAUGCUUCCUCACCUGUGUAUCCUCCUUGUCCUGAUGCUUCCUCACCUGUGUAUCCUCCUUGUCCUGAUGCUUCCUCACCUGUGUAUCCUCCUUGUCUCGAUCCUUCCUUACUUGUGUAUCCUCCUUGUACUGAUGGUUCCUCACCCGUAAAUCCUCCUUGUCCUGAUGGCUCCUCACCUGUGUAUCCUUAUUGUCCUGAUGGCUCCUCACCUGUGUAUCCUCCUUGUCACCUGUGUAUCCUCCUUGUCCUAAUGCUUUCUCACCUGUGUAUCCUCCUUGUCCUGAUGCUUUCUCACCUGUGUAUCCUCCUUGUCCUGAUGCUUCCUCGCCCACAUAUUCUCCAUGUUCCGAUGCUUCCUCACCCAUGUAUCCUCCUUGUCCUGAUGCUUCCACACCACUUAUACUUCUUGUCCUGAUGCUACCUCACCCACAUAUUCUCCUUUGUCCCAAUUCUUCCUUGCCCGAGUAUUCUCCUUGUCCUGAUGCUACCUCACCUGCGUAUUCUCCAUGUCCUGAUGCUUUCUCGCCCAUGUAUCCUCCUCGCUCAUGUGUACUCCUUUCAGCUUUGAGAAAUAUUUUCUUAUAUGAACUCUAAUCUGGAAUUAGAUUCUUCUUACUCUUUAUACGGAUCCCUCCACUGACCAUAUCCAGCAGGAACUGAACUGGUUCAAAUGCUUAAUCUGAGCUGGAUUUCACAAACAAAUGACAAUUACCACAGACCUAGGGUGGCAUGAAAUCAUAGGCCGCGCACAAGAAAUGGUCCUGGACAAACUAGGCCUCUCACUGCCGCCUCGCCAAGACUGACGCACCCCUCCCAUUAUCUUUCUAUUCCUAUUGCUGUGUCAUUUCAUGUUUUCCUCUCAUCCCUGUCUCACAUUCCUACCGUGCCUAUUCUCUGCUCCCCUUGGUUCAGAGUUCUCACCUAGAGACAACAGAAUGAGAUGUGUUAUAAAAAAAACUGUCAUAUAUGAAUAGGCUUUAAAAUCUUUACUUGUGCCAAAACAAGUCUUAUGGCUAAAUUAUGCUAAGUCUACAGGACCAUAAUCCUUGACAUUGAAGGGUCAUUGUUAGCAACAAAAACACGUAAAGUUCCCCCAGUUACCUGCACGUCUCCCUGUGUACUGUAUUUGCAGGGGAUUUACAGUAUUUAGCACAGACCAAUCUUUGUGCCGCUGGGUUAAGUGACCUUACUGACGCACAAAUCAGUAAGGCAAGAGAAACCACCUGAUACAGUUUAUAAAAUGAGCGCUUCUAUAGGAUUAAGCUGUCUUAAUAAGUAAUUAUUCAUAAAGUAUUUUAGUAGCAUAAGGCUUUUUGAUGAUAAAUGUGCCCCUUGUAUGAUUGAAAUGCAGCUAAAAUGCCACUAAGUUGUUUUGCACGGGAAUGUCGUGUUCAUGCUCAGGUCACUAGCAUGGGCUGCCAAAUAUAAAAUCAUUUAGAAACAUAUAUUCAUUCUUAUGUGUAUAUUUUUCAGAUGUGUUGACUAAAAAGUGAUGGUUUACACAAUUCUUCACUAGGAAACAGAACCCACACUCUAGCCCGGUGCCAUCACCAGAGUACCCAUCGGUUAUUACCAAAUGCAUAUACAGGGCCUGACUAAUUAUUGCCAGGAACAGAAUGGCCCUCAGUGGCUUGUUUAAAUCUAAACGAAUUGUGCAAAUAAAUAAAAAGUUGUUUAACCAUUUGUGUCUCUGGCAGAGAAUGAGCUGCACCCACGGGCAUCAGAUGAACCUGUUUGUGAAGUGUAACGUGUAACCUGUAACUAUUGAGAAUAAACAAUGAUAAUUGUCCUCUUUCUCUGAUUCUUAUCAAUAACAUUUGUUGCACUGUAAAUAUUAGUAAUUCUGUUGAUGUAUAGCCCCUUUCAUCACUUACAGAUUGUUUACGCCUUGUCUGUCACCCCAACAUAUCUGAACUAUGAUAUCUGUAAAUAAAGUUUUGAUUUCAAUGUACAAUUCAUGUUGUCACUAAACACGUUGCAAUGAGAGAUGAUAAUGCCAUUUAUUUUCCGUUGUUACAUCUAAUAUUCAUGACUCAUGUGACAAAACCCAGCAAUACAAAUGCUUAAGGGGACAUGAACACUUGUUAGUGGCAAAUAAGGAGAUAUGGUGGUUUGGGUAAGAAAACUGUAAAUUGUAGUUUAUUAAACUUUGUCUUGCAAUGUACUAUACAAUAGUAAAAUAAAAGUAAUGUAAAGCA